GAGUAUUACGUGUCAUUACAUGGAGAGAACAUGCAAACUUCACCCAGGGCCCCGGCCUCCAUGUCCAUAGACAAGCUCCUGCCAGCUCUCCUGGAGUGCUUUGGGAUCAUAUUGUGUGGUUACAUCGCAGGAAGGACAAACAUCAUCACCUCCACUCAGGCCAAAGGUCUGGGGAAUUUCGUGUCCAAGUUUGCCCUCCCAGCGCUGCUCUUCAAGAACAUGGUGUUGCUGGACUUUGGCGAUGUCAUCUGGCCUUUCCUCUGGAGCAUCCUCAUAGCCAAAGUGUGUGUGUUUUUCAUCGUUUGCGUCCUCACUCUGAUUGUUGCCAGUCCUGACAGUCGCUUCAGUAAGGCUGGACUCUUCUCAAUAUUUGCAACCCAAAGCAAUGACUUUGCUUUAGGGUAUACAAUAGUUGAAGCCCUUUACCAGAACACAUACCCGGAGUACCUUCAGUAUAUUUACCUAGUUGCACCCGUGUCCCUGAUGAUCCUCAAUCCCAUUGGUUUUGCCUUCUGUGAGAUCCAGAAAUGGAAGAACCAGAGAAACCACCAACGGAGCAAACUGCUGAUCAUGGGAUAUGUAGUUCUACAAGUCUUAAAGAACCCCAUCGUUUUCAUGGUCGUCUUUGGAAUAGCCGCCCACUUUGUCCUACACCAGAUGAUUCCUGCUUUCAUGGCUAAGUUUAUAGAUGGCUUAGCCAACACUUUUGGGGGUGCAGCUCUGUUCUACUUGGGUCUGUCCAUGGUGGGCCAGUUGAGGAAAUUAACCAGAUCCACAGUCGUGACGCUGAUUCUACUCAUUACAGCAAAACUGCUGCUAAUGCCCCUCCUUUGUAAGGACAUGGUUGAUCUGUUGGAUAACAACAACACCAGCCCUAUGAACCACUCCAGCCUCUCCGAUUAUGCCUUUCUUUAUGGCGUGUUCCCAUCUGCACCAAGUGUGGCCAUCUAUGCUGUUUAUUAUAACGCAGAACUCGAAGUUAUAACCUCAGGGAUGGUGAUCAGCACAUUUCUUUCAGCUCCAAUCAUGUAUGUUUCAGCUUGGCUGCUGACCAUCCACUGGAUGGAUCCCCAACUUGUGAUGUGUUCUCUUGAGAAUGUCAGCUUUAACAUAAGCAUAGUGAGCUUCGUUGCACUGCUGUGGACGAUUACCGUUAUGUUUUUAAGUAAGAAAUUCAAGCGGCUACCUCACAUGUUUACAGCCAACCUUUUCUUAGCUCAGUUGCUAAGUUGCAUUGGGAUGAUUCUGUGGAAGUUUGUGGUGAAGGACGACAACUUCAUCGGACAGAUUCUUACUUUCACUUUGUUAUGUACUUCACUCUACAGCACUUACAUAUGGCCAGGAUUGAUCAUACUCUCAAUUGUGCUCAUAAAAAAGUUUGACGAUCUGAACGGACCAUGGGGCUUGUUGGUCAUUGCAGGCUGGGGGAUUCCAGCUAUUGUAACUGCUAUUCUGCUCAUCACUGGGCAGAAUAUACCUGACACUAUUGAUUCAUCUCUCUUUUAUGGCAGACUACAGAUGAUCUGCACCACAGUUGUCGUCGGCCUCGGCAUCGUCCUGGGAGGAGGGUCACUGGUGUGUCUUAGCAGAGGAAGCUGGGCCCAAAAUGAUCAAGACCAAGAUGAAUACCCUUCAUUUGACGCCUCUCCCGUUGAAGAAGAACAUCGGUCUCUGAUAGAACCAGAAAACUCAGCAAGAGACGGAGCGUGCCUCGCAUGUGACUGCGUUCGAGCCUCGCCCAUGCCUGAUAUGAUCAUCAGCACAAAUGCGAACAACACCCCAACUCCCCUCGCAGGUCAGUGUGAGAACGGCUGUGAGUCAACAGACUGUCUUCUUGCUGAGCUGGAGGAGCUCCAACAGGUCACAGAUAGACAAACGGUCCGUCAUGUGCUCCUGUGUCUGCUUCUGACUGUCUGCCUUCUGGCUAAUUUAUCCAGCUGCUUGUGGUUGCUCUGUAACCACUCACCUGGGCGACUCUACUUGGAGCUGCAGUUCUUCUGUGCUAUAGCCAACUUUGGGCAGGGAUUUAUCUCAUUUGCUCUUUUCGGGCUGGACAAGCACUUUAUUUGGCUGCCAUUGAAGAGAUUGUACAGUUGGUGUUUUGGAAAGAAGAAAAAAGAGCAGCCUGAUUUACCUGAUGACAUCAGGAUGACUUGCAACCAGUUCACCAAAUACCACAAGAAGAUGUGUUUCCGUGACAUUGUUAAAAAGAGAAGGUGUGGGAUGAAGACCAAGGUGGACUGCUUUCUUGGCUGCGAACUUGUGGAUUGGCUUCUGAAGGUAGGCUUGGCGCAGGACCGCGGCGAGGCAUUGCUGUACGGGACCCGGCUGCAGCAGGGGGGCACGCUUCAGCACAUCAAGCAGGAAUACAGCUUUGAAGACGGUCAACUUCAUUACUACUUUACAACAUGA